AUGCUCAACGCAGUGCCCCUCAACUUGACGUACAAUUUCCUGGCCAUCAUCCACCGCAGUACUUGCACUCGCCUGCUCAAAGUCUACGGCAAGCGCAUCUUCCGGAUAGGCCUUCUCACGCACGCCAUGGGCGUCCUGCUCCCCGUCCGCAUUCGCGUCGCAGAACCCUUGGCCGGUCGGCCCCGAAGUGGUUGCGACAUGACCCGGCGGCAGCAAGGAGUCGGUUUGGCGAAGAGCUUCAAAGUGCUACAUCCGCUUGACGCCAAUAUGUCGCCCCAAGUCGAAAGCAAGUCUUCGCCCAUUGUCAUUGUCGGCGCUGGUGUUUUUGGUUUGAGCACGGCCCUUCAUCUCGCGAAACGGGGUUAUACAAAUAUCACUGUCCUCGAUAAGCAACCGUACCAAGAUUCGCAUUAUGCUUACGAGAAGGGUUGCGAUGCUGCUUCUGCGGAUAUCAACAAAAUAAUACGGGCUGCGUACGGUCCCCAGUUUGAGUAUCAAACCCUCGCACUAGACGCCAUUUCCAGAUGGAAGAAAUGGAAUGAGGAGCUAAACAGUGGAAAGACAGUUCCUCCAGGCUUCUCCACGGACGACACGCUGUUCAUUAACAAUAGCACGGUCACCAUGACGACUGGCUUGGAGAUGGACCAAUUCGAAAAGGACACCAUCCGGAACAUGGACCGCGUAGGACUGAGGGAGACGCAGGUCAACCUCCAUGAUCCCCAAGACGUGGCACGCGCAAGAGCGAAGGGAUUCGGUUUCGCCGUGGAUGCUUUCAACACCAACAACAUCAGCAGUGUGCUGGACACGCAGUCCGGCUUCGUGUACGCUGAUCGAGCGUGCCAUUUCGCGCUGCAUAAGGCACAGAAGCUCGGUGUGAAGGCCAUUCUCGGCGGUUCCAGGGGCACGUUCUCGCACUUCCUCGAGAAUGCCGAUGCAAAGAUCACGGGUGUGGAAACAGCUGAUGGGGUGUCACAUCAGGCAGACCUGACGAUCAUGGCUUGUGGAGGAUGGACGCCCUCUCUUCUGACGCAGCUUGACAACCUCUGCGAGACGACAGCAGGCAGUGUCACCAUGUUCCAGCUGCCGCAGGACAAGGCUUUGUGGGACAAAUUUGCGCCUGAGAACUUCCCUACAUGGUCGUACGACAUGCGUCGAGGGGAAUACGGUGGCUUGUAUGGCUUCGCGCGAGACCCAAAUGGUGUCGUGAAGAUUGGCUACCGUGGUACCAAGUUCACCAAUCCCCAGACGCAAGCAGAUGGCGCAAGCAGAAGCGUGCCCGCCACCCGCUGGACGCAAGAAGCCAUCCGUCAGAUCCCGCUCGUGGCAUCUCGCGUGAUUAAAGGCUUCGUGCGGGAUUACCUGCCUGAGCUGAUUGACUGCAAAAUGACAAGCCGACUGUGUUGGUACACAGACUCCUAUGACAAUCACUUUGUCAUCGACUUUGUGCCUGAGUAUCAGGGUCUGAUGGUGGCCACGGGUGGCAGCGGACAUGGUUUCAAGUUUCUUCCUAAUCUUGGUGAGCAUGUUGUGGACAAGAUCGAAGGGAAGAAGAAUGACUAUCUGCAGUAUUGGAACUGGAGGAGCCUUGAAAAGGGGGCGAAACCAUAUAACAGCAUUAUGGAGGGUGCAGGUAGUCAUCGAUCCCUGCAUCAUCAGGCCAUGACGAGCUAA